GUGAUGUCGAGUGCCCCCAAUCAUGUCUAAUAGCCUCCGAAAGUGACGUAGACUUGAACCUUUCGGUCACCUGAACGCCUGAGCUGCCAAGUUGCAACGAUCGAGGCCGUCAGCGACUCUUUGAAUGCUAUAUGCAACAACCAUCGUAUCUCUCUCUGGCCUCCCACACUCUCAUUUAUCUAUCGGAAUCUGUGUGCAAGAAGAUUCGAGCUCCAGAUCGAAUCCGGUGCCACGCUUUGAAACCGCUGCGCAGACCAGAGCACCUCGGUUUCAACCAUGUCGGUAACUUCUCAACCGCACCCACAUCAUCCUUCGCAACUCGACCCCAGGGAACCUCCUCCACCUCCUGCUUCUGCCUCGGAUUCGGAUCGUCAUCAUCAUCCGCAUGUCGGCGCCGUAGGGUUGGGUAUCGGGAUGGGUGGGAGCAGUGGGGUAUCGUCGACCGGUCAGACGACCCCUUCGCUCUCCUCGUCAGGGAGGACCAGGAAGACGUCGCAUUUGGCAACUCAGACGACAGUCGGGCACGGGAAUAACAACGAGCCGGCCGUCUCUUCGCCCUUGCAACAAGAACAUUUCGCCAGCAGGAGUAGCAGCCCGGCUCAACCCAUCGAUGGGCAUCAUCCGGCCAUGUCCAGGUCGUUCUCACCAGGAUCUUCGCCGAUGCAUUCUCGCGCCGGAUCCCCUGCUCCAGCCCCAGCUCUGUCCGCUCACAACUCUUCCUUGCUCUCCCCUGGAGGCCGACGAUCGUCUACGCCCUCACCCAUGCCUGAACCGGUCAACCACCAUCGGGUCAGGGACGAUUUCAUCGGUGUCAUCACGCCUGGCAGUAGGACCCCUGUCGGAUCCAACAGCGCCCGAGCGAGUUUCGGAACGACCCACCCCAACGCUCAUCAGGCUAGUGGGGCUGGAACUCACGGUCCCGGAUCUCAACUCAACGUCGACUCAUUGAAGCAUGAGAUGAAGGUCUUGCAGGAUGGCAUGAAUGCAUCCUCGGACCCGUUCACCUCCACCGGCGCAGGUGGUAGCAGUGCGAGUGCGCUGGACGAGGAUGACGAGUACGGUGUCAAGGAGCCUGUCCCUAUGCCUAUCGGGUCGCCAGGAAAGACCAGGAGUACGAGCCCCGUCCUUGACCUCUUGCCAAGGGGUUCGUCGUUGUUACCGCAUUCCCCUAGUGCGAGUAGCGUUCAUUCAAACGAUCUGGGCGCGAGGACUCUCGGAGAGGUCGGGGAGUACUUGAGCGAUUCCGGUACAAGGCAGACGGGGCAGAUAUCCCCUCCCGCCAAUACUACCAGUUUCGACGCGAAGCGGGUGGGAAAACGAGCCUCGAUCCCUCAGAUCCAAGCGGGGUCGUUGAGCAUGUCCAUGUCCACGCCCAACUCCCCCUCGGCGAGCGCGAUUUUCGAAAGAGACAUCGAAUCUCCCUUCGCCAUCGCCCUCCCCGGAGCCCAGCCUUCUGUCAGUAACAGCCCCGUCCCUGGAGGUGGUAGUACCGGGUUACAAAGAGCACCCUCGGGUCGAGCGUCGAGGAGCUCGUCCGUCGCUCCGCCCCGUUCGCCGACCCCGAGGAAACAAGCCGACAACUCUGGUCGACCGUCUACGAGCGUCUCCCCCCAGGCUUUCGUCAAUGCUGCCAUGCUUCCUCCUUAUAUGCACGAUUCCAGCGACCGACACGUCCCUACCGUGCUGGACGACGCGAUCGAGGCCUUGACGCAUUCGGGAUCACAGGCUCUGCAGAUCGAAGCCCCCGUCAAUGCUUAUAUCGCUAGUCGGGAGGUAGGGAAUCGGUCCCCGUUCGGAGGGGUGUCGAGUGGGAUAAACCCGGGUGGUAAGGCUGGAGGAAGUAGAAGUCCGAGCCCGAUGAGGUGGAAGGAUCUCGGAAGGACCGGGAUGGAAACUACAGGACGGGCGGGGUCGAGAUCAACUUCCCCUCUACCUAGUCCUACGAGGGAAAAGAGGUCGUUCCCCCCUCGUCCCGAGGUUGGAGAUUCGCAAGUAUUCUCGCUCAACGACGAUGCGAAUACUGGUGACGACAAGCCUUUCGGCACAAGGCCGUCGAUGCAGGCUAGGCAAAGUUCCCUCGGCGUACUUAUCCCCGGAGCGUUUCCCGGGGCUAGUUCUCAACAGGAACAGGCCGGAGGGAGAAAGUGGAGGAAGAAGAUCGACGAAUGGAUCGGCCCUAGGCCGAAUGCUUUGCUGGCGGGUUCGAAUGACAAGCAAGGUGAGAAGAAGCAAGGCAAGAGCGUCGAUAUCGGGACGGAGACGGAGACGAGGGGUGCUGGAAGAGACAAGGUCGACCACAACGAGCUGCCCGCCGCCUCUCAUCUACCGUCCCCUCCCAAUCCGGAUCAAGACGAACCCCGGCGUAUCUCUUUUUAUACUUACGAUGACAUGCUGCAAUCCCGACCGAUGACGAUCAACCCCCUCAGCGACAUCACGUCGGGUACGGUCGAGCCGGAGCAUUUACCUACUCAGCUGGAUGUCGCGCCUGCUUCGGAUGUGACACGAUCGAGGACGACGAGUUUGGUCGAGCGGAUCGUUAAUGAGGGAUUGUGAGAAGAUAGUUUGGGGUACUCGUUCGAUAUGAGAGCAACGUAUACAACGGGGCACGAACGUUUGUAUAAUACUACAAUAACAUGAACAAGUCGAACUUAUAUCGAAUAUAUCAAUACCGAUCGGAAGGGGAUGUGGCAUAGGGAUCCGCCAGAAAAAGGGCUAGCCAUUCUCGGGUGGGAACGUCGAGCUGAGCGUAGGAAGAGGCAGAGGGACGAGCGAAACCGCUCUCUCGAGCAAAGGUGUUGAGGUGCUCCUUGUAGUUGUCAAAGGUCGAGGUGAUGGGGCUUGAUGCCCAAUAGUUUGUCAAGCUCUAAACCCUUCUCUACCGCUCUCCCAUAUCAA